UACCAAACGAGGCAUGGGCUGUCCUCUUAUGGGAGGGGAUGAACUUGCCAUUUGCAAGCAUGCCUUUAUUUUCCAGCCUAUCAAUACUGCAUCAGCCACUUUACCUACAAGCAGUUCCCAAAUUUUUAAGGAUGUAUUGAAACAACGAAUUCUUGGUCCAGAUGCUAUUCAAUUUACUCUUGACAACUUCCCGUACUAUCUUAGUCCGAAUACAAAGAGUGUGCUCUUAUCAGUUGCAUUCCCACACAUGGAAAAGAAGCUCAUACCCAUGGAAAAUAAGCUCGUCAAAAGCUUAUCAGGAAUUUUAUCUUUAAACCAGCGAAUUCUAUUAUCUGGUCCAUCUGGGUCUGAAAUUUAUCAGGAAACAUUAAUAAAGGCCCUUGCAAAGAAUUUUGGUGCUAGACUUCUCAUUGUCGAUUCUCUUCUGCUGCCUGUUAAUGAACUUCGCCCAGAAGUUGAGGCCCUCGGUGUGGAUGAGUUAAUUGAGGUCAUUAAAGAAGAAAUCAUAAGUAGCACUUUGAUUGUGUUACUUAAGGAUGUAGAGAAAACCCUGACCGGAAGGACAGAAUCACAUGCGUCACUAGGGAAAGAACUUCCACCUGGUGUCCUGAUAAUUGGAUCUCACACUGAGAAAGACAGCCCGAAUGAUAAGGGCUCCUUAGGAAGUAUAUUGCAAGAUGCUGCAGACCCAAUGAAGCAUCUAAAUAAUAUUUUCCCUAAUAAAAUUUCCAUUGAACUUCCAAAGGACGAAGCACACCUAUCAGAGUUGAAGAAACUACUAAGACAUGAUGCUGGAAACCUUAGAGCGAAAGCCAACACUCUUAAUCUUCAUAAGUUUCUUACCGACCGUGGAUUGGGGUGCGACAGUAUUGAAGAAUUACCCAUCAAGGAUCGAUUGCUGACUCAUCAGGAGGUGGAUAAGGCUGUUGGUAGUGGUUUAUAUUAUUGCCUUCGGCAGAAUAAACCCCACAUGCUCAAGGAUGCCAAACUUGUACUAUCAGCAGAAAGUCUCAGGUAUGGGCUUAGCCGUCUAAACAACCUGAACAGUCGUAGCUCAAAGAAAGCACUGAAGGAUUUGGUAGAGAAUCAGUUUGAGAGAAAUCUCCUGUCAGAUAUUAUUGAGCCUGAUAAUAUUGGAGUAACCUUUGACGAUAUUGGAGCGCUGGAGAAUGUAAAAGAUACAUUAGAGGAAUUGAUUAUUGUCCCUCUAAAAAGACCUGAAUUAUUCAGCAAAGGGCAGCUAUUAAAGCCAGUGAAGGGAAUAUUGUUCUUUGGACCUCCCGGCACUGGCAAAACAAUGCUUGCAAAAGCAGUAGCUACCGAAUCAGGUGCAAAAUUUAUCAACAUAGCAAUGUCAAGCAUCACGUCAAAGUGGCAUGGGGAUGGAGAGAAAUAUGUGAAGGCCGUUUUCUCUUUGGCAAGUAAAGCAUCUCCGUCUAUAGUAUUCCUUGAUGAGGUUGACAGUAUGCUUGGAAGGAGAGCAAAUCCAGGAGAGCAUGAAGCCAUGCGCAAGAUGAAAAAUGAAUUUAUGGUACAUUGGGAUGGAUUGCGUACUAAAGAUAAAGAACGUGUAUUGGUUCUUGCGGCCACAAAUAGGCCUUUUGACCUUGAUGAGGCAGUCAUUCGAAGGUUCCCUCGCAGAUUCAUGGUGAACCUUCCUGAUGCAUCAAGCAGAGAGAAAAUUUUGAAACUGAUACUGUCCAAAGAAGAGUUGGCAGCAAACGUGGAUCUUCAGUCACUCGCCAAUAUGACUGAUGGAUUUUCAGGAAGUGACUUAAAGAGUCUCUGUCUAGCUGCAGCACAACGGCCCAUUCGCGAAAUCAUUCACAGAGAAGAAGAGGAGAAGCGUCUAGCGAGAGUUGAAGGUAGGCCUGAGCCUCCAUCGCGAGGUAGCGAUGACAUCCGCCCUCUUAGCAUGGAUGAUUUGAUACUUGCCCGUGGUCAGGGAUGCGCUAGCUUAUCAUCUGACUCAAAAACAACGAGUGCACUUAUUCGGUGGAACGAGCUGUAUGGCGAUGGCAGGUCAAGGAAGAAGAAGACGAAGAAAAAUCUGAGCUACUUCGUGUAGGUAGAACCACACCCUCUGUACAGUUGCUAUACUGCUCUGGAGCUUUGGCAUUGCAAGUUGGCAUGCUGAAAAUGAGUCGUGUUUUUGUCUGCUCCCUCCGACGCCCCCUGUAACUACAUUUUUCCCACCUAGUCAUCUUGGUUGAUGAUUUGAGUCGAGGUUGACAUCAUUUAGCUAUAGACCUUUUCAGAAGGUAAAGAAAAAUGAUAUAGGGAUGUUGUUCUGCCACCUCAAGUUGUAUGUGGUUUACUGUGGUCCAGCAAAACAGUUGAUGUGUAGAGUGCCAGCUGUA